UGUGAGUUUCCCCAGCCCCGCCAUGGAUUCUGCAACACUAUCACCCUUGUCUACAAUCAAGAUUGUGAACACCCUUUUACUCCCUCCCCUGCAGAAAUCUGCAACCUUAUCACCCCCAAAACCCAAGCAAAAACCGCUGCUUUUGAGAAUUAAGUCGCCAUUUCUCACCCACUGCUCCGCAAAGCCACACACGCACAAAGAUAAUGCAACAAAUGGGGAGGAUUUAUCCGUUGAGCUCCUCAGUUCAAGAAUUGAAGAUGAAGGGGAAGCAAAACCCAUUCCCGAACAAGCAAUUUCUUCUUCUUUGAUAUCGAGGGGCUUGGUUUUGGAUUUGGGGUGUGGGGAUUCGUGGGAUAACGUUGAGAUCGGGUCACCAGUGGUGAAGAGAUUUUUGGGCGACGAGGAAGAGAGGUGGCUCAUGUGGUACCACGGGAGAUCCGGGAAGAACCCGGAAUCGGAAUCGAUCGGAUUAGCGGUUUCGAGCAAUGGGAUUCACUGGGAAAGAGGAAUUGGGGGCGUGGAAUCAAGCGGAGAUGUGGGAAUGGUAAUGAAUCCCAGCCAAGAUUGGUGGGGAUUCGAUACCCUAAGCGUAAUCCCCGGCGAGGUUUCGAUAAUGUCUAGCGCCAAACUUAGGGCAAACAGCGCCGCCGUUUACUGGCUCUACUACACCGGUUUCAGCGCCGAAAAACUGGAAUUCCCAGAGAAUUUCCCAUUCCAAAACCCAGAAAGGGCCUGCUCCAAUUCCUCAAAAUCCCCCAAUUGUUUCAAGUCACUCCCGGGGUUAGCAAUGAGCCAAGACGGGAGACACUGGGCGAGAAUCGAAGGCGAGCAUCAUUCGGGAGCUCUAUUCGACUCCGGCCAGGAAGGAGAAUGGGAUUCUCUAUUCAUAUCCUCGCCCAAUGUUCUGUUUCAUGGCAACGGUGAUCUCAGAAUGUACUACCAUUCAUUCGACACAAAAAGUGGUUGCUUUGCCAUCGGGAUAGCAAGGUCAAGGGAUGGGAUAAAAUGGGUGAAGCUAGGGAAGAUCCUAGGGGGAGGGGGGGAGGGGGCGUUUGAUGAGAUGGGAGUAAUGAACCCCAAUGUGGUGAGGAACAAGAGGGAUGGGGGGUAUGUGAUGGGGUAUGAAGGGGUUGGAUUGGAUGGGAAAAGGAGCAUUGGAAUGGCGGUUUCAUCAGAUGGGUUGAAGGGGUGGAGGAGGGUGAAUAAUAGCAAGUCUGUAUUGAAACAAUGUGAAGAAGAAGAUGGAUGGGAUAGUGAAGGGGUGGGUUCACCUUGCCUAGUUGAGAUGGAUAAUGGAGGUGAAGAUUGUCAAUGGAGGCUUUAUUAUAGAGGAGUUGGGAGAGGUGGAAGGACUGGUAUUGGAUUGGCACUCUCUGAUGGUGCUGAUUUGCAAAGGUUUCAAAGAUGGACAGGGUUCCAUAUCUGAUCCACACCGGCUUAGCUCAUUAGUUCAGUAGAAAGUAUUUGGGACAAAUGCUUCGUUUGUGAUUGAUAUGUACCUACCUCUAUUUUUUUUUAUUGCCUACCAUUACUUUAAUUCAAUUUCUGUUUUCCUUUUAAGCCUGUACCGUAUUUAAACUAAUCUCCAUUUACAUCGUCGAGCUGACC